AUGGCCCGGAUCUUCCUCUGCUUGGCAGCGGCAUGUUGCUGCCUUGCGCUGCUUCCGCCGCCGGCGCAGGGCCGCCGUCCUGGUCAUCUGGCGGCACCGGCAGGCGGUGGAUUAGGCGGCCGCAGCAGGCUUCAUCUGUUGCGUGUGUCAGAGCCACACUUUGAUGCCACGGAGAGCUUUGCUGACCUCUGUGGUGGUGGUACCAACGACCGUGCAUGUCAGGCGGCGGAGGAGGAGCCGCAGCAGCGCGGCGUGCCGGGGAAGGCGAGGUCAGCGUGGUCACCGGCGGCGGGGAGCGUGAGGCCGGAGCUGCGGGCGGUGCCCGGGGGCCCGGACCCGCUGCACCACCACGGCGGCAGCCCCAGCAGGCGGCCGGAGACCCCGUGA